ACGCAGGCGGACGAUGCCAGCGGCAUACACUUCUCUGCAGGCAAUGGCAAAUCGCGCCUGGGACUCGGCUCCUCGCCCAGCCUGGUUAGUGUCUCGGGUACUCUGUCGCGGGUGAACACUGUGGCCUCGGCACUGAAGCGCCUGCUCAGUCGCGACGAAAGCCGUCCGAGCUCCGCUACGCCCAGUGACGAUCCGGGCAAGUACCGUUUCCCGAACAGCGCCAGCACUGCCAGCUUGACAGGGGCCAACGUUGGCUCAUCGGCCGUGAAGCCGGCGGGCAGCAUGCGCAUCACCCAGCAGGUCAUCGAGGAGGUGGACGAGCAAGCGACCAUCACUUCCACACGCCCCCACGAUACACGCCCCAAUGUCAAGGACAUAUUCUCGCCAACCACCGGCGACCCACAGCAGCAGCCAGGCGGCCAGCCUCUGCAACCGCCACCGCCUGCAAGCAGACCCGGUGAGCUGCCGGCGCGCUCCCAGCCAGUGGACAUACCCAGGCGAUCGCCUCAAUACGAGCGCGCUUACUCGCAGUAUGAGCCGACGGCAUCGCUCUUCCCGCCCGGAGGCGUGGACGCACUGCUGAGCACCUCGGCGCCGGCCGGAGACGGUCCCUCGCUCUUGGCAGGAGACACGGCACCCAGCUCGCCCCAGGGCGACAGCAGCAAAUCCUUGUUUGAGCCCAACAGGGCUGCCAGCCGCGAGACAGCGAGUGAGAGACCCGAUGCACCGCAGUACUUCCGGUGGUUCGUGACGCCCGUCGAAAAUCUCGACGUCAAAGCAUCGGCCGAUGUUUUGGCCAAUACAGCUGCCGAGCCCCCGCCAGACGCUGGCGAUGACUUCGAAAAACUACGAGCUGCUCGCGAAAAGGAGAAGCUGGUGCGCCAGCAAAUGAACUUGGCGCGGACGAUUAGCACCGCCCCGGGCGUGGAUGCCUCCGGAGUGCCAGUUGUGGUGCCAGUAGCACUAGUGGCACCACCCGCGGCUCAGCCGGCCGCCCCCACCCCGUUGAGAACAGUGCCCUCCAACGCUGACCUGCUCGCCGGCACUGAUCCAGUGACCAAUUCGACCAUCAAGUCCGAGGAUGCCACCACAGGAAGUUGAACUGACAGUCAGAGUUUCACAAUUGGGCGUACUACAUGGGGAGUACGUCGCCUGUGCUGUAUACUUUUGCAAACUACCCUUAAGUUGAUUACUUAGCGUUAGUUAAUUUAUCUAAGCUGCUAAACUUAAUACCUUAACAAGCACAAAAAAAAGAAAAGCAGAAAUAGAAACAGAUUAAGAAUGCUCAUAACGUUAAAACGAUCUUGAGUGAAAGUGGACCCAUUUAGCGCAGUUAAUAGAAUAUAACUAUUAUUUAUCAAUAAGUCAACAGUGAUUUGAAUCUAUACAAUAAUAUAAGUUUUUCUAAAUGGCCAA